AUGUCUCCUGCUGCUGGUGAGUCCAUUGCAAUCUGUGGUAUCGGAUGCCGGUUGCCCGGUCAAGUUUCCGACCCUCGAGGUUUAUGGGAGCUGCUGGUGAAUGCCAGAUCGGCCAACGGUCGCGUGCCUCAGUCGAGGUUCAACCUCGAUGGCUUCUAUCACCCCGACGGCAAAGACCGUGCGGGGAGUAUCAACAUGGAGGGAGGCUAUUUUCUUGACGACAGCAUCCGCGACUUUGAGAACUCAUUCUUUGGCAUUAACAACCUGGAGGCAACGUUCAUGGAUCCACAACAACGGAAGCUCCUAGAGGUGGUCUACGAAUGCCUUGAAAACGCGGGCAUCCCACUAGACCAGGCUUCGGGGUCUAACACUGGAUGCUAUGUGGGGAACUUCACGUUCGACUACAUGGUCAUGCAGAUGCGCGAUCCAGACUACUUGAGUCGCUAUUCAGCAACAGGUCUGGGUACAACGAUACUGGCGAACCGAAUCAGCCAUGUCUUCAACCUCAUGGGUCCCAGCUUCGUGCUGGACACCGCUUGCUCCUCUUCGCUCUACUGUCUCCACGCUGCUUGCACGGCGCUCGAGAGGGGCGAGUGUGACGCAGCCAUAGUGGCCGGUGCCAACCUCAUCCAAUCUGCCGAGCAGCAUAUCGCCACGAUGAAGGCCGGUGUUCUUUCGGCCACGUCGGCGUGCCACACAUUCGACAGUUCCGCAGACGGGUACGGUCGAGGUGAAGGCAUCGGCGCACUUUACGUGAAGCGACUAUCGGAUGCUCUACGUGAUGGGGAUCCCAUUCGUAGUGUGGUCCGCAGCUCUGCCAUCAACGCCAAUGGUCACACCUCUGGUAUAAGUCUACCAAGCGCUGCAGGGCAGACGGCCGUUAUCGAAAAGGCUAUGAAAAAGGGAGGCAUUCACCCAGAUGACAUCACCUUCGUUGAAUGUCAUGGUACCGGUACCAAGGUCGGAGAUGCUAUCGAACUGGACGGCUUGGCGAGCGUCUUCAAGCGCCAGCCGCACAACCCUCUUUACAUUGGCUCAGUGAAAAGUAACAUCGGCCACUCUGAGGCGGCCAGCGGUAUCGCCUCCGUCAUCAAAUCAACCCUGGCUCUUGAGCGCGGCAGGAUAGCGCCUACGUAUGGCUUGAAGAGCAUCAACGAGAAGCUCAGACUCAAAGAGCGGAAUUUCAAGAUUCCCACCGAGGCCAUCGAUUGGCCGGACAAGUCGCCUCGUACGCGGCGUAUUGGCAUCAACUCGUUUGGCUACGGUGGAGCGAAUGCUCAUGUCAUUCUCGAGGAAGCGCCAAUCAAAAUGGCGCUCCCAAGAGAAGCCCCAUCGCAGACAUCUGUUAUACUGCCUCUGUCAGCGGCCACUGAAGGCUCUCUACAAGCACGAAUGCAAGAUUUGGCAAGCUUUGACUUUGGCGAGACCGAGCUGGAUGAUCUUGCCCACACACUUGCGACGCGGAGGACAAAAUUCCCUCAACGUGGAUUCCUACUUGCUUCGAGAAAUGAAGACAUUGGACAGGCAUUCAAGAAGCAAGAGAACUUUGUAACGGCACCCGGUGCUGUUGCGACAGUAUCCCCGCCGCCCUUCGCCUUUGUAUUCACCGGCCAGGGGUCCCAGUGGUCUGGCAUGUGUCGGGAGCUCUUGACCGAUUUUACUGUUUUCCGCAACACCAUCGUCGAGAUGGAAACGGUCCUCAAGAACCUUCCUCAUGCGCCCAGCUGGCGACUGACAGAUGCCAUCCUCGACAGCGAUCCAGCCCUUAUUCAUGACCCAGUGCGAUCCCAACCCUGCUGUACGGCUAUUCAGGUUGCACUUGUCCGUCUGCUGGGGUCGUGGGAUAUCAUGCCUGCGACAGUAGUGGGCCACUCGUCGGGCGAGAUAGCCGCAGCGUUUGCUGCCGGGCAUCUUUCGGCUGCAGAAGCUAUCACUGCCGCCUAUUACCGGGGAUACUGUGCCGCGAAGAACAGCCAGGUAGGUGGCAUGAUGGCUAUCGGGCUACCCGAGGCCGCCGUCAACAGCGAAAUCUCUCUUGCAGGACUUCAAGGCAAAGUCUGUGUGGCCUGCGUCAACUCUCCCGAUGGUGUUACUGUCUCCGGUGACGGGCAGCAAGUAGAUCAACUAUUGGCUCAUCUGCAGCAGAAAAACGCAUUCGCACGGAAAUUGAAGACUGGAGGUCAGGCCUACCACUCGCAUCACAUGCUGGCUCUGGGCAGCGAGUAUCAAAGCCUGCUCGAUCAAGCUCUUCCGGGUCUAGGUCCCUCUAUCAGACAGCCCCUGGGGCCAGUCGUCGUGUCUUCUGUCACGGGUGAAGUCAAGACUUCCCGGUUUGACAGCAGCUACUGGCGCGGCAAUCUUCAGAGCCCGGUUCAGUUUUCAACCGCAAUCAGCCGAGUCCACGCCAUUUCGGAGCACUUCUUCAUCGAGUUGGGUCCGCACACAACAAUGGAGCUGCCCAUCAAGCAGACACUCGCCAAGGCCGGCGCCCAGCUGCAGUAUGAUGGGCCGAUCAAGCGCAACGUCGACUCGGCCAGACAGGCUAUGAUAUUCGCUGGCAAUCUCUGGCUCCGAGGUUUUGAUGUCAACUGGGCCAAGAUCAACGGAUUACCCUCGGCUGACAAAGCCCGGCAAACACCACUCAAGGCUGUCGUAGAUCUCCCGCCGUACCGCUUCGACUACGGCGAGACAACGCUUUGGAACGAAAGCCGCGCCAGUGUCGAGUACCGUCAACGAAAAUACCCUCGCCACGAGCUUCUGGGCUCGCUCGUCCCCGGUGGCAACGGGCAUGACUUCAUCUUUCGCAACAUGCUGAAGCUGGACGAUGUCUCGUGGCUUCAGGACCACAGGCUUGUCGAUACGGUCGUCUUCCCCGGGUCAGGAUAUCUCUGCAUGGCCAUGGAAGCCGCACUUCAGGUCACAGAUCCUAGCCGAGAGUCCAAGCAGGCAGACAAGACGUUUGAGAUGACCGACAUCAACAUCACCAACGCUCUUCCACUCUCCGCUGAGCAGCCAGUUGAAGUAUUCACGUCGCUGCACAAGUCUCCCAUUACCAAGGCGACUGCAUCCAAUACUUGGUGGGACUUUUCCAUCACAACUUAUGACAACGGCCAGGCCGUCACCCAUGCUUCUGGUUGCAUAGCCGUGCACGUCGCCGGCAACCUGGACAGUCGGGUCUCGAAAUACGAAGCGCCAAAGACGGUGGCUCUCGAGGCUACCCACAAACGUGUCUGGUAUAACAGAUUCGUAAAGAGCGGCUUGAACUACGGCCCGACUUUCCAGUCCAUCUCGGAGUUCCGGACACCGCGUAUGAAGAACGCCGCAUUCGCGAGCGCCGCUGCGCCUUUAUUGACGGCUUCGGGCGAUGUGUCGACCACGUACCCAGCCCACCCCAUCACGCUUGAUGCGUUAAUCCAAGUGGCCAUUGUAUCGACGGCCAAGGGCGUACCUAAAGACAUGAACGCUCUAGUCCCUACCAGGAUCUCGUCAGUAUCCGUCAAACAUUCGGCCAUUCCAUCCGGACAAGACUGCCAGAUGCAUGCUUUGACGGAACGCAACGGUUUCGGAUACUACAACGCCAACGCCGAACUCGUCGACCAGUUGGGCGAAGUGACCGCGAGUCUCGAUGGGCUUCGCCUCUCCCCUUACGAGUCGACAGUGCAGGGUGACGAGGAGGAUGCGCGCCACCCAGUCCUUCGAUUGCUCUGGAAACCUGACGUGCACGGGCUGGGUCAGCACAUGGCCCCUGAAGCCGCCCAGGCCUACGCACAGAAGUUCGCCGACGAAGCACAUUCGCCCGUGUCGGACACGGACCUGCUCAAGACGGGCGCCUUGCUGGAUCUCUUUGCCCACAAGAAUCCUACGCUCCGCAUCCUCGAGUUGGGCAACCCAUCCCACGACCUGACACUGGCUAUCCUAGAGCUCCUGUCGUCGCAGACCGACUUUAAACGACUCGCGACCUAUCACACCGCUCAACUAAAUGCUGAAAAGGAGCUCGUGACAGGCGAAGUAGAUCUCAAGACAGGAGAGAGGAGCUCGAGCCCCGCGGCUAUCACGGGAGCCUUCGAUCUCAUCCUCGUCUUGACACGGGACGAAGCUCAACUCGGACGGAUCUUUGGGGCACUUCCUGGAUUGAUGUCGGAAGACUCGUCCGUGAUCUCUCUCCUUUCGAGCUCGGGCACAAGUGCCGGUACUCUCGACUCCCACGGAUUCGAGACUGUCCCUGUGAGCCUGUCCGCCCAGGGAGCGCCAACGUUGGUAUACGGCAUGAAGAAAAAGGAGAAGAAGCAGCGGCUCCGGAGUGAACAAAACUAUGUCAUCGUCGAAAGAGAGACCAACACGAAACUCGGGCAGGCACUCGCCACGGUUCUCAGCCAAGACUUGGGUGGUCGCAUGGUGCCUCGCCUCACUCUCAGUCAAGUCACGCGGGACGCAAUCCCGAACGGGACCAAUGUGUUUAGCCUCUGCGAGCUUCGCUCACCGCUGUUGUCGACCAUCUCGGACGAGGAGAUGGACAAGGUCAAAAUCAUGACAGACAACGCGUCAACCUUGAUCUGGACGACCCACGCGGAUAUCCUGCAAGGCACGAGACCCGACCAUGCCCUCAUGGGAGGUCUUUCGAGAGCUCUCAUGCUCGAGCAGCCAUCUCUCAAGAUCUGCACGUACGAUAUUGACGAGCCAGACAUGCAUGUUGAGACGACCGCACAGCGACUGGUGGCGCUGUUGUUGCAAAAUCAGAACAGGAGCAGCAGCAAGGAUGCCGAUUACGAGUUUGUGCAGAACAAGAAUGUCGUGCACAUCAGUCGGUUCGUGCCCGACGACUCGGUCAACGAAGCAUUCCGCUCGAGCCAGGGCCUGGCUACUGUCAAGCGCAAAGUCGUCGAUGCUGGCGACUUCAGACUCGCGAUGCACCAGGCCGGCCAACUGGACUCUAUUUACUUCCAGCGCCAGGCGAGCCCGGCGCCGGGGGUGUCCAUGGUAGGGCCCCGAGAGGUGCGAAUCAAGGUCGCCUCGGUCGGCAUCAAUGCCAAGGAUUACUACGUCCUCGUCGGUCGCGUCGACACGCCCGAUGCCACGUGCCAGCUGGAAUGCGCCGGGACCGUCACCGAGGUGGGUUCGGACGUGGCUGACUUCUCGGUGGGUGAUCGCGUCGUCGCCAUGGCGCCGUCCUAUUUUGGGUCCUACCAGGUCCUGCCCCAUUGGGCCUGCCAUAAACUCACGCCCUCCGAGAGUUUCGACGUCGCCGCGACACUACCGCUCGUGUAUGCCACGGCCAUCUAUGCCCUGUACCACCGCGCCAAUAUCCAGGCCGGCGAGUCGGUCUUGAUCCAUUCGGGAGCAGGCGGCGUGGGUAUCGCCGCUAUUCAGAUCGCCCUGAGAGCCGGAGCAGAGGUUUACACGACAGUCUCCUCAGAUGAGAAAAAGAACUUUCUCGCCGAGCAUUUCGGUGUGAAGCCAACCAACAUCUUCCGCUCCACGGACACGUCGUUCAAGGCCGGCAUCCUCGCCGCAACGUCGGGACGUGGCGUCGACGUCGUGCUCAACUCGCUGACUGGGGAUCAACUGCACGCGACCUGGCAGUGUUGCGCGCCGUUUGGUCGCUUCAUCGAGAUCGGCAAAGCCGACCUCACGGCUUCCGGCCGCCUCGAGAUGCAGCCAUUCCUCAAAGACACGACCUUUUCGGCUUUCGAUCUGAGCCAUCUGUACCACUCGCCCGACGAGCGCAUGCACCGGCUCUGGAAGCAGCUUCUCGGCCAGGUCUUUUCUCUUUACCGCCAGGGUUACAUCACCACCUCCCCGCAGCCACUCAAGGUCUUUGCCAUUGAUGACAUUUCCAACGCAUACCGGUACUUCUCGUCGCGCAACCGUAUGGGCAAGGUGGCCAUCAGUCUCGACCGCCCCGAGGCCGAGAUAGAGGUGCAGCCUCAGAAGUAUGCGAGUCAGUUCGAUGGCAGCAAGUCGUACGUCAUGGUCGGCUGUCUCGGUGGGCUAGGCCGCACCCUGUCGCGAUGGAUGAUGAGUCGCGGCGCCACUAAGUUUGCAUUCCUGGGCCGGUCGGGCACGGACAAGAUGGCGGCACGACGGCUGGUCGAGGACCUCGAGGCCGCCGGUGCCACUUGCGAGGUCGUCCGCGGCGACGUGUGCAGCAGCACCGACACGGACGCCGUCAUGGCCGCCGCCACAGAGCAUCUCGGCCCCAUUGGUGGCGUCGUACAAGCAGCCAUGGGCCUGAGCGAGGCCAUCUUUUCCGUCAUGCCCAACAAGGCGUGGCAUACCGGCAUCGACCCCAAGGUCCAUGGGUCCUGGAACCUGCUGAACAGCCUGCAGAAAGUCGAAGCAGCCGGGUCAUCGACGACGCUCGACUUCUUCCUCAUGACAUCGUCCGUGUCGGGCAGCGUGGGCACUGCCACCGAAGCCAACUACUGCGCGGGGAACCACUUUCUCGACCUCUUCGCGCGGCACCUGCGCACGCAGCACAAGAUCCACGCCGUCGCCGUCGGCUUCGGCAUGAUCUCCGAGGUGGGCUAUCUCCACGACAACCCCGAGAUCGAGGCGCUGCUCGUGCGCAAGGGCAUCCAGGCCAUCGACGCCGAAGAGCUAGUCCAGCUUACGGAUCUCGCGUUGUCGGCGAGCGCCACGCUCGCCAUCCCGCACGGAUACGACGGCCUCGCGGCGGCACACCUCCUAACGGGAAUGGAGCCGCAUGGGAUCAAAGAGCUGCGCAAAAAGGGUUUCGAGGGCACACAGCCCGCCAUGGAAGACCCGCGAGCCAAGCUUUUAGCCGCCGCGCUCGACGGCGCCGAUAACGGCAACAGCACCAGCAAUGGCAGCCAACAGAGCACCAGCGAUCUCCCAAGCGAAGUCGCAGCGCUCGUGCAGGCCGGGCAGCCGCUCGCGGAGGCGGUGCUGGCUUUCAUCCGAAAACGGUUUGGCAACCUCGUCCUCAUGAAGACGGAGGCCGUCAACGUGAAGAAGCCGCUCGCGCAAUACGGCAUGGACUCGAUGAUCGGGGCCGAGUUCCGCGUCUGGUUCUACAAGAGCAUGCGCGUCGACGUGCCUCUCGUGCUGCUUCUGGGGGCUUCUUGCACCAUCGAGUCGCUGCGGGAUCUGGCUGUCGAGUCAAUUGCGAGAUGGGGAGGUCAUGCGGCCAAUCCCAAGCAGUCUCCUCCAGAUUUCCCAUAUCUGCGUGAGGCCGGAUCCACGACUGAUUCUACCACCUUUUUCAACGAAAGCAGUGACGAAGCCGAAGAGGGAGCUACACUGCGACAGAAGCCGCAAGGAAGAUCCCAUACCGGCAAAUCCAAGUCUUCUGCACCUCCUCCGCUACCCAAGAAAAUGUCGCUUGACCCUCUUCCUCGACGAAAUGGACCAGCACGGCCACCAAGUCUAUCGCUGCAAAGAAUGAGGCCGACCGAGACCAGACGACCCUAA